AUGAAUCUGUUGCUUUGCGGCCUCACGUUACUAUUCAUGGAGUGUAGUGGGGAUUCUGGUAAGGUUUAUCAUGAUUUGGAAUUUGAGUUGCGUUUCGGCAGAAAUUUUAAAAUUUUUCGUAAAAAACCAAUUUUUUCAAAAAAAUGUGAUUUUAAUGCUGUAAACAAAGUUCUUGCCAUUUUUUGUUUUGUAAAGAAAGUUCUUGCCAUUUUUUGUUUUGUAAAGAAAGUUCUUGCCAUCUUUCAUUUUGUAAAGAAAGUUUUUGCAAUUUUUUGUUCUGUAAACAAAGUUCUUGACAUUUCUUGUUUUGUAAAGAAAGUUCUUGACAUUUUUUUCAUUUAUUUUGAUCGUACUAUUUAUUUCUUUCAGACACCAAUAGUACCACUACAACAACAUCGACCACAACAGAAGCGGCUUCAGAAGUGGAUCGUAACAGGACAUUUUAUGAGGAUAUAUCAGUAAUUCUGUCUUUUUAACUUAAAAUUUAUUCACUUUUUUGUUUUUUACUAACCAAUGUUACUAAAAUUUAAAAAUUUUUAAAUUUUAAAGUUCCCGCCAAAAACGGAAUUUUUUGGCAUUCUGUUUCAUGUUCAUUUAUACGCCAUUUUAAAAGUCAUAUUUUAAAAAUAACAUCACUCAAACCAUUUCUAACGUAUUUUACAUUUUUUUAAAUUUUAAAUUUCCCGCCAGAACUGAGAAUUCUUGGCAUUCUGUUUCAAGGUCAAAAUUUAGUCAAGAACUGCCAAAUUUAAACAAUAGGGCUAGAUAAAACGUAAAAAAUCACUUUUCUAAUGUUAAAAAUUGUCAGAAUUGAGUUACUGGUCAUGAUAAACUUGUCAAAACAUUGUCUUUCAGGAGUAUUCGAGUGGUUUAACCGACGAAUUUCGCAACUUACUCAUGGCUUCGCCGGUCGAACAGCCAAAGAAAAAGGAAAAACAGUCGAAAAAGAAGAAUAAUCAGGAUUUGAAGGCCAAGUCUGAUGAUGAGAAUUUGAAAGGUAAGUUUUAAAAUGGCAUUUUUAGAAGGGAAAGCAGAAAAAACCUCCUUUGCAAGACACAAAAUGCAAGAACUUUCUUUACAAAACAAAAAAUGGCAAGAACUUUCUUUACAAAACUAAAAUGGCAAGAACUUUCUUUACAAAGCAAAAAACCGCAAGAACUUUCUUUACAAAGCAAAAACCGCAAGAACUUUUUUUACAAAAGCAAAAUUGGCAAGAACUUUGUUUACAAAGCAAGAAUUAAAACUGUAAAUGUAAAAUACGAUGACUACUAUGUCGGAUGUUUUAUUUCAGAGAUUACACAACAACACAUUGAACAGCUUCUCAAGUUCUAUUCAAAAGUGUCCGAGAAGUUGUUGGCCAAGAAUGACACCAAAGCCAAAGGGCAUUACCACAAAAUGGGCUCGAAACAUGAGGAUAAAGAUGAGGAUGGUAAGGAUUUUUGGGUGUAAAACAAAACAUUUGACAAGAACUUUCUUUACAAUGCGAGAAUUGGCAAAAGCUUUCUUUAUAAAGCCAAACAUGGCCAAAACUUCUUUGCAAUACCUAAAAAAAUCAAUAUGUGAAAAUGGAAGUUGAGUGAAAGAUUUGUAAUGUAAUUUGCACUGGAAACUUACAAAUCUUCCACAUAACUUCCACCCUUAAAAGUUGCCAAAAACGUGUUUUUAAGUCAUUUAAAGAAAUUUUAAAAAUGGAAGGUUAGUGGAAGAUUUUCAGUGCAAAAUGCAUUACAAAUCUUCCACUCAACUUCCACUUUUUAAAACCCAGUUUAAAAUUUAAAAUUUCAGAAAACCACAAAGAAUACCUGAACUACGUUGAGAAUUGGGCAGCACAGCACGGUGAGAAGCCUCCGGAAGGUUCAUUCAACACCAUGAACACUAACAGCGUGCCGGGUUACGGUAACUUGAACUACCUUAACGCCAACAACUUUGGUCCACCUACGAACUUUGGUGCUGGUUGUGGUAGUCCUUGUAGCCAAUACUCUAAUACUAACAGUGCUAAUGGUGCUAGUGGUGCGGUGUUUGGGAAUGGUGCUAAUGGAGCCGGUUUUUCAAACGGUGCCAACUUUGGAAACAGUGGUACUAAUGGUGCAUUUGGUACACCUUUUAAUGGUAACUACGCGAUGGCGUUAAGGAAUCGAAUGUUUGGAUAUAGUGGGCCAAACUGUUGCAAUUUGUGCCAAUGUGGCUCAGCGUACGAUCCAAGCUGUGCCCAGGGCUGUGGCUACAAUUAUGGUACCACAACGAAUACAGAAGCCGAUAACGACGAUGACAACGACAGUUAUUACGGUGGAAAUGGAGGCUAUGGAAGCAGUAAAGGCCAUGAUAAGCCCGUGCCAGACCAACAUUCACAUCUGCUCAAUAGCUAUACCAACAACCCUCCGAGUACCAUUAACAACUCACCCAGUACUAACAACAACUACUAUCAAGUAUCGGAUGGGAAUCAUGGUGAUCACGAUGGUCAAAGCCAGAGUCCGGAGGAAUCGAAGAGUCGAUUUGAGUUUGCAAAACAUCAUUUCUCAUCCUACCCACAGUACUACGGUACCUGGAAUGCCUACAGUAGGCCAUGUGGUGGCUGUUACAACGUGUUCGAGCCGGUCAACGACGAUAGCGAGGGCACGGUGACCACAGAAGAGCCCGUGAAUUCGAAGGAGAGCAUUUUUCAUUUAGUCAAACCUAAUUUUGGUACCAACAAGAGUGGUCUUGGUACCAACAAGAAUGGUUUUAGUACUAAUAAGAAUGGAUUUGGUACCAAUAAGGGCCCUAGAAUGACGUCGAAGAGCCGGAAACACUCGAAAUUUGACAAAAAACCAGAAAAAACAGCCGACAACACGGUCAAAAAGUCCUCGGAACUAACGUCAACUGUAACCAAUAAACCUGAAAAUGGUACCAAAUUCUCGACAGUACCAUCAGCUUCAAUAAAGACUACUACAACAUCGGAAAAACUUUCGGAAAUUUCGAAAAAUUCAAAAAUUUCCUCAAAGUCCGAAACUCCUCAAAAUGGUCCUCAAAAAACGGUCGCAGACGUACCAAAAGCACCAGUACCAAACCAGAAUUUUGCUGUACCAUCAAGAACACCCUUGUUCGACGAGUCCCAAAGUGGCAGUCCGAAUCAAUCGACCGUUUCGGAGAAAUCGACCAAAAUUGUCAAAAGUCCGUCGUCGAAAGAAAAGGCCAAAAGUGUACCAAAAGGACAAAUAAAACUGUCGCCAGUACCAUCACAAGGAAAAAAUAAGGUACCACCAAAGAUUAGUGCUACUACAAUUACCAUGCAGCUGUCGAAACGACCAAAGUCGACCGAAACGAAGAGUAUCAGCGGUACUAAUGAUAGUACCAAUGGUACCAUUAAGUCUACCUCUAGAAAAAUGUAA